UCUCAACAGGAAGUGAAUUUUCACUUUGGCUACGUGGAAGUAGCUUUGCUUUUGACCGAGGCUGAGAGCAUCAUUUGCCCUCAUCCGUCAGCUCCAUUCCGACAUAAUGAUUAAAAAAUUUGACAAGAAGGACGAGGAAUCCGGAAGUGGGUCCAACCCUUUCCAGCACCUGGAGAAGAGUGCAGUGUUGCAGGAGGCACGCAUCUUUAAUGAGACCCCCAUCAACCCAAGAAGAUGUCUUCACAUUCUGACCAAGAUUAUCUACCUCCUUAACCAGGGGGAGCAUUUUGGCACCACAGAGGCAACCGAGGCCUUCUUUGCAAUGACCAGACUCUUUCAAUCCAAUGAUCAAACUCUGAGGAGGAUGUGCUACCUGACCAUCAAAGAGAUGGCCAACAUCUCUGAGGAUGUUAUCAUCGUCACCAGCAGCCUGACCAAAGACAUGACUGGGAAAGAAGAUGUGUACCGAGGACCUGCUAUCAGAGCCCUCUGCAGGAUCACAGAUACCACCAUGCUGCAAGCAAUUGAGAGGUACAUGAAACAGGCUAUCGUUGAUAAGGUGCCGAGUGUGUCCAGUUCAGCCCUGGUCUCAUCACUGCAUAUGGUGAAAAUGAGCUAUGAUGUGGUGAAGCGUUGGGUGAAUGAAGCUCAGGAAGCAGCCUCCAGUGACAACAUUAUGGUCCAGUACCAUGCCCUGGGCCUGUUGUAUCAUCUUAGGAAGAAUGACCGUCUCGCUGUGACCAAGAUGCUCAACAAGUUCACCAAGUCCGGUCUUAAGUCUCCAUUUGCGUACUGUAUGCUCAUCCGUAUUGCCAGUAAACUGUUGGACGAAACAGAGGGAGGUCAUGACAGCCCCCUGUUUGACUUCAUUGAGAGCUGUCUGAGGAACAAGAAUGAGAUGGUGGUGUAUGAGGCUGCCUCUGCUAUUGUCCAUAUGCCCAACUGUACUGCUAGGGAGCUGGCUCCUGCUGUGUCUGUCCUGCAGCUCUUCUGCAGUUCUCCCAAAGCAGCUUUGAGAUAUGCAGCUGUCAGGACCCUCAACAAGGUGGCUAUGAAGCACCCAUCAGCCGUGACUGCCUGUAACCUGGACCUGGAAAAUCUGAUCACUGACUCCAACCGUAGUAUCGCCACUCUGGCCAUCACCACUCUGCUGAAGACCGGCAGCGAGAGCAGCGUGGACCGACUCAUGAAGCAGAUCUCUUCAUUUGUCUCUGAGAUCUCAGAUGAGUUCAAGGUGGUUGUGGUGCAGGCCAUCAGUGCUCUUUGUCAAAAGUAUCCCAGGAAGCACAGCGUCAUGAUGAAUUUCCUGUCCAACAUGCUCAGAGAUGAUGGCGGUUUUGAGUACAAGCGAGCCAUCGUGGACUGCAUUAUCAGCAUCAUUGAGGAAAACCCGGAGAGCAAAGAAACUGGUCUGGCCCACCUGUGUGAGUUCAUCGAAGACUGUGAGCACACCGUGCUGGCCACUAAAAUCCUACAUUUACUGGGUAAAGAGGGCCCACGGACCCCUCAGCCCUCCAAGUAUAUCCGCUUCAUCUUCAACCGUGUGGUGCUGGAGAGCGAAGCUGUUCGUGCAGCUGCAGUCAGCGCUUUGGCUAAAUUUGGAGCUCAGAAUGAUGAUCUACUGCCAAGUGUCCUGGUUCUCAUGCAGAGGUGUAUGAUGGACAGUGAUGAUGAGGUGCGUGACAGAGCUACCUUCUACAUGAACGUGCUACAGCAGAAGCAGAAGGCCCUCAAUGCUGCCUACAUUUUCAAUGGUUUGUCUGUUUCCAUCCCUGGCCUGGAGAAGUCCCUCCACCAGUACACUUUGGAGCCUUCAGAGAAACCCUUCGACAUGAAGACCGUCCCUCUGGCCACCACUCCCAUCACAGAACAGAAGACCGAAAUUGCUCCUGUUGCUACAAGCAAGCUCCCAGAAAAGCUUGCCCCUUCACGCCAAGACAUUUAUCAGGAACAACUGGCAUCCAUCCCCGAGUUCCAGGGGCUCGGCCCGCUCUUCAAGUCUUCUGAGCCGGUGCAGCUGACAGAGGCAGAAACAGAAUACGUGGUCCGCUGCGUCAAACACACCUUCGCCAGGCACAUGGUGUUCCAAUUCGACUGUACCAACACUCUGAAUGACCAACUCCUGCAGAAGGUGGUAGUACAGAUGGAGCCAUCGGAGGCGUACGAGGUGAUACACUACAUCCCCGCCCCCAGCCUCCCCUACAGUCAGCCCGGUUCCUGCUACACUCUGGUCCGCCUGCCUGACGAUGACCCCACUGCCGUGUCUUGUACAUUUAGUUGUACCAUGAAGUACCUGGUGAGAGACUGCGAUCCCAACACAGGAGAACCAGAUGACGACGGUUAUGACGACGAAUAUGUGCUGGAGGAUUUGGAGGUGACAGUCGCAGACCACAUUCAGAAGGUUUUGAAACCAAACUUCGGGGCAGCAUGGGAAGAAGUAGGAGAUGAAUUUGAGAAGGAAGAGACAUUUGCACUUGCAUCUGUGCGGACUCUAGACGAGGCGGUGGGUAACAUCAUCAGCUUUCUGGGAAUGCAGCCAUGCGAGCGCUCAGACAAAGUUCCCGAGAACAAGAACUCGCAUGUCCUCUUCCUUGCUGGUGUGUUUCGGGGAAGUCAUGAUGUGCUGGUUCGUGCACGCUUGGCGCUGGCUGAUGGUGUCACUAUGCAGGUAACGGUUCGCAGCAGUGAGGAGACAGUCGUCGAUGUCAUCCUGGCCUCUGUCGGCUAAACUUGGUCUUGCUUCGUGCCAACACAUCCACGUUUCAUGUCUGCACGGCAAACUGUUCACAAUGUCACCUAGUACUUUUCCCACAGCUCUGGAAAAAUGUAUAAUGAUGUUGUGAUUAUGUUGAAACCAUCCAACAUAAAUGUUUUAUUACUUCUAAUACAUUAACUGAAGUUUCUUUUUACUUGCUGGUCCUCAUGUCUCUCAGAAAGGAUAUUCUUAUCUUUGAUUUGUCAAAUCUACAAUAAAUUCUGUCAAAGUAAAGUAGA